AUGGCUACUGUAGUUAGAGCGGCGCCUCAUGCUGUUAGUGAUAACAGAACGUCUGUGACGCUCAACCACGCCGUUUGGCCUCCAAUGAAACAUUAUGAUAUUUGGAAUGAUGACAAACAUUAUGUAAGGAGUGAAGCAAAUGAAGAUGAUGACGAAAUUGACGUUUUAGCUAAACAAAAAUUGUACGAAAAUAUUGAAUUUAGUUCCAGGAAGUUUUUAAGAAAUUUGGCGGUAAAUGAUAUUGAUAACAAUGACUCUGUGAGUUUUAACGAAAACUCAAAAAGACAAAGUAAAGUUAUACAUCUAUUUCCGGUUCCUGUUGAUGGUGAAUGCUUAUCGGAUGAUGGUCGCCGCAUUGGCUCUUGUUUUAAUGCUUAUGAGUGUCGCAAUAAGGGAGGCGAAGCAAAAGGUGAAUGCGCUUUGGGUUUUGGCGUUUGUUGUAUAUUCAUUGCUAAUUGCAAUGAAACCAUUAGCAACAACAUUACUUAUCUGGUGUCUCCUCAAUUUCCCAGUUUCAUGCCCAACAAUGUCACCAAUUGCAGUUUAAAAAUCAAGCUAAUGAACGAUGACAUAAGUCAAUUACGUAUUGAUUUCUAUCAUUUUAUUUUGGGCCAACCCAAUCGACGAACAGGUGUUUGUGACGGCGAUGUUUUUAGUGUCUCUGGUGGUCCGGGUGGCACGAUAUCGUUGUGUGGCCAGAAUAGUGGACAGCAUAUGUAUUAUGACGUUGGAGGUCGAAUGUUGCCCCGUCACACUUUAUAUGGGUCAUUAAAGCCAUUGCGUUACGAAGAUUUAUACCCAGGACGCAACAACACCAAUGACACAACUAUGGACAUUGAUAUAAAACUGAAUUUUGCCCCACGCUUCUUACCCUCCAGAUUAUGGGAAAUACGUAUAUCGCAAAUACCUUUUAGCCAAAGAGCGCCAGCAGGUUGUUUACAAUAUUUUACAGGGGCAGAGGGUGUAUUUCAAACAUUCAACUUUGCCGAUAAUGGACGUCAUUUAGCAAAUCAGGAUUAUCGUAUUUGUAUGCGUCAGGAGGUAGAUAUGUGCUCGAUUGUCUAUCAGCCUUGUGAUGAAGAAUCAUUUCGCAUAGGACCCAGCUCAACCCAAGGAAUAUUUGGUAGUUUGAAUGAUCAAUUCUUGGCUACUAAUGGCGUUCAAAGUUUAGCUGAUAAUCCAGAUACUUCUAUGAAUGGUGGCAGUGGAAUGCCGCAAAUGAAUCCACCACAAAUGCAAGUUUUAGCAGAUGAUGCAACAAAUGCACAAGCGGCCAUAACAACUACAACAACUUUCAUCACAAGCAGUACAGCGCAACAGGAUGUGAGUUUGACAACCACACCGGUAUCAACAAUGACAACACCCGUCGUAGCCAGCAGCGUGUCAGAGAGUACAACAAUAGCUAUGGAUAUCUCCAUAGCUUCCUCAUUAGCAGAUGAUGCAGACGAAAUAUCUUCACCAGCUAUCCCAACUACAGCCACACAAACUACAGAAUCCACAACACUAUCCACAACAUCCCCUCCCUUAAGUGACGAUGUUGAGGGUUCUGGAGGUGAUGAUCCAGAUUUAAAUACCCGUUUUAGACCAACGGUUUCUUCAUCCAAUGUAUCUCGAAGACCUCGACCUACCAGAGGUGGUUUCGAUUUGUUGGGUUUCUUGAGAAGUGCUUUCGACUUUGGAUUUCGCUCCAGCAAGCAAAUGAAACCAUUAACUGAACGUCAAAUGCGCCAGUUUUAUAGCAAUUGUAGAGAUCGCAUUACUAUGCCUUGUAUAAUAGAAGAUUUCAUUGGAACUGGCUUGGGACCAUUACCAGGUUGUGAACCGGUUCAUUGUGGUAUGCAAUUCUGCUCUACCGGCAUUUGGCCGUGCCGCAUUGAAUCAACUGUUACCCCGUUUUAUGUGGGCAUUCACUUUGGUGACGGUGCCGGCAAGGGAAGUCCUGAAGAUAAUAUUGGCGCAUGCUUACGUUAUCAACAAGUACAAUGUAUGUGAUUAAUGAGAAAUAAAAGAAAAGUAUUUUAAAUCUAAUGAAUUAAAUAA